ACAGCACUGAGAAAGCGCGAAACAAGAAAGUAAAAGGGGAAAUUUUUGGGGACAGGCACUUGAACAAAGCUCGGAUCUUUGAGCUUCUCCCGUUCUUAAAAUCCGAAUUCUAGCGAGUCAAGAUAUACCGUAUUUGAGAGAGAAUUUCUGUGUUGAUGUGAAAAUGUCGGCUUCUACUUCUAAUGAUCGUGCUCCCGAGGAGGAUACUACGGCGAAUGUAAGCCAUUCUCCGAAGGAAAGUGAUGCAAAUCCAACGCUAGAGUCAUCCCGAAACUCAAAGGAACAUGAUGCCAAUGUUGAGUCAAAUGUAUCUCAUACUUCGAAGGAUAGUGAAGCAAACACUUCCCCUAGAGCAAACCAAGCUUCGGAGGAAGUUGAAAAGAAUAAUGAUGCGACCAAUGAGCUAGAUACCUCGGAAUCGGCUGAUGGUUCGCAUGUGGACCCACAAAUUGGCAUGAAGUUCCAUUCGCAAGAGCAGGCGUUCAAGUUUUACAACUCUUACGCUAAGAGAAAGGGCUUUAGUGUUCGAAAGGGUCAUCUUUCUCGAAGAAAGGAUGGGAGUGUUAGGGAUAGACAUUUUCUAUGCAGCAAUGAGGGUUAUCGUAGAGAGCAUCGCACUCAUAUAACUAAGAAACCCCGGCCACUUGAGAGAACUAACUGUAUGGCUCGUAUUGAGUUUAAAGUGGAUCGAGAUAAUACAUGGAUCGUCAACAAGUUCAUGGAUGAUCAUAAUCAUCCUCUGGCUUGCCCGAAUAAGAUACACAUGUUAAGGUCUCACAGAAAUAAAAUGCCUAUGCAACGACCAUUCAUUACCGAGAUGGAUUAUAUCGGGGUGAAACCGGCACAAGUGCAUGAUUCUCCGGAAGAGGCUGCUAAAGUCAUAGAAAAUUCUGGGUUUCUUUUGAAAAACCAAAGUUACUAUUUGCUGCACUCUAAUAGGACUAGGGAUCUUGAGAAGGGAGAUGCACAGUUCCUUUUGGACUUUCUGAAAGAUAAGCAGGUGGAGGAUCCAUCCUUCUUUUAUGCAGUGCAAGUCGAUGAGAAGGAUAGGCUGACGAAUUUCUUCUGGACUGAUGCAAGGUCGAUAUUUGAGUACUCAUGUUUUGGCGAUGCCGUUUUAUUUGAUACAACCUAUCGAGCAAGUAGGUAUGAUAUACCGUUUGCACCUCUCAUUGGAGUAAACCAUCAUAGGCAAAUUGUCGUGUUUGGUGCUGCUUUACUAUUAGAUGAAUCGACGGAAUCCUUUGUUUGGUUGUUUAAAACUCUUAUGACUGCUAUGUCUGGAAAGCAACCGAGAACAUUCUUCACAGAUAAUUGUGAUUCACUAUCGAAAGCAAUCAGUUUGGCAUUACCAGAGACAAAUCAUCAACUUUGCCUUUGGCAUAUAAUUCAAAAUGCACCCAAAAUAAUCCCUCAUGUAUAUGGUCACGAGUCCUCUUUUCAAAAGGAGUUCGAGAACUGGAUACAUGAAAGUCGCUCUGAAGAGGAUUUGCAGAAGGGAUGGGAAACUUUAUUAACUAAAUAUAAUCUUCGAGGUAACUCGUGGUUCGAAGACUUGUAUUCGACUAGAGAGAAAUGGUCUUCUGUUCAUCGUAAAAGCUCAUUUUGUGCUACAAUGACUACAAGGCAAUGGUGUGAGAGUAUGGGAAGCCAGUUCAAGAUGUUAUUCUACAGAAAAUUGCCUCCUUCGAAAUUCAUGGUGCAAUAUCACCAGGCCCUCCUUCAAAUUCGCGAAAAAGAACUCUCUGAAGAUCGCAAAUCUAGGCUGUGUAAACCGACUCUAUUGGCUGGCGUGCCUAUGUUAACGGGAGCUUCAGAAUCAUACACCAGGAUAAUGUACAAGGAAUUCGAAGAUGAAUACAGGAACCAACUCGCUUGUAUCUGUGAACCUGUUUCAAUGAGCGGAACAGUUUGCACUUUUAAAGUUUCUUCUCCUCAAAAGCGCAGUUACGGGCUUGUUGAGUAUGAUCCAUCUAAUAUUUCUGUCACCUGCAGUUGUAAAAAGUUUGAGAUGAUGGGCAUCCUUUGCAUGCAUGCUCUAAAAGUUCUCAACUACAAUAACAUUCUUCACCUCCCAUCAUGUUACAUUCUAAAAAGAUGGACGAAAUAUGCGAAAGAUGGGGUAGAGAGUAACAGACCUCAGCGACCUGAUGACCUUCACGAUCAAAAACUUUUGGCGUUGCGAUACACUCAGGUUUGUCAUAAAGCCCUUACUAUUGCGGUUAAAAGUGCAUUUUCGAAAGAUGCCAUGGAAGUUUUCGAGAAGGGGCUUGAUAGAUUUAUGGAUCAAAUGGUAUACGAGUUACAUAACGACCCUUCAAAUAAGCAAGCAAGCGACAUGAAUCUUGUUCAUGGCAUGCAGCAGAACACUGUAGAAACAGCUAAUAUGUGCUUCGAUGGCUUUUAGUUAUCUUUGGAGCUCUGGCUUUUGCUCUGCUCGAGUCAUAGUUGUAUCUGUGUUUAUGGCUACUUUUCUCAACAGUCUGCAUCAUUUGUAAUAUUAACCAAACAUUUUCAUAAUUUUGUACAUAAAUCUUUUGUUGGCUACAUAUUGUGUCACUCUUCCCUUGGUCAUUUAUGGCCAUUCUUUUAA